GCGCCGGACAGGAGUUGGAACGCUGUUCAUUGUCACCUUGAAAUCGCAAAAACUCCGGCCAAGUUGCAACUCCCAUCAUGUACAUGUUGAAGAUACCUGAAAGCGGGCUUGAGGGGGAAAACGCUGCCCUCGCCCGCGGUGCCAUAGAUGGCGCACUCACAGGCUCAGCAAUCGUAGCACCAACAUGGUACCUGUUGAAUCGCAGAUGGCCUGCUUUCCGUGCGUUGCCUUACACGGUAAAGACGCUGGGCGCAAUCAUCAUCAUAGCGCCCCUGGUGUCCAUUAGGGCGGAGCACCGUGGGCUGGAGUUUCAUCGCCGGUACCGGACGGGUAUUGAAAAGACGGAGCUAGAGAGGGAACGAGAGGAAGAGCGAAAGAGGUGGGCUUCGUUGAAUGCGAAGGAAAAAUUAGCGGAGUGGACAGCGAAGCACCAGCUCAGUGUUAUCGUUGGCAGCUGGGCCCUCACUAUGGGUCUUGUCGGGAACAAAGUCAUGCGUGAUCCCUUGAUGACCAUGCCGAACAAGAUUGUUCAAGUUCGUCUCUGGGCUCAGGGGCUUACUAUCGGCGUGAUCAUCGCAACAGCCGCUCUGACACACUCCCAGCGGGUACAGGCGGCCAACAUGAGGAAGUACUCUCCGGAUCAUACUUGGGCCUACGUGCUGGACGAACAACGUCUUGAGAAAGAACGUGCACAAAGGGCUUAGUACUUGCCCUGUCUAUGGUUUAUUUGCAUCCCGAAGUGUUCAUCUUUUUUCUGUUGUAUCGAUACGCAGCCCAUUAUCUGCAGAGGUUCAGACAUUAGCACAGUCAAUCAAUCGUUUCAUUUUGGUCUUC